UCCCAGCACUUCGAGGGUCUUCAGCGAUCGAUGCAUCAACUAUCGCCUCGCAGUUACCCGCUCGGGUGCGGCUACUUCUACAACAUCUACACCGGCACUCCUUGUGGAAUCAAUGGGAUUCUGUACUAAACGGCCUCGGUUCACCAGCACCGAAUAACUGUUUCAGUAGAUUUGAUGUCUCCAAGCUAAUAGAAACCAUUCUUUUAGAGCUUGAUGAACAAUCUACUGUUUUGGAAGCAACUCUGUUCUCAGACCCUGCUGACUGGAAACGGUUUGUGUUUGCUGAUGGUCUGGACUCGGUUGAACAUUUGAUGGCCUUCGACAAGUUGACUUCAUUGCUGGAGAAUCAGUCCAACGAUUCGGCUUUUGGCUCCAAUGGUCAUACAUCUAGCUCUCGUUCCGAUAUUGGGGACGGACAACUAUCAGAAUCCAUAUCAUUUUCAGAACUUGAACCUCUCUCUAUAGACGACCACAGAAAUCCCCGAUUAUCUCAAUUGGACGUGGAACUGUUGUGUCAGGCUUUCUUUCAAUCCUGUGGCACGCGUUUGGAAUUCACCUUCGGUCUUCUUGUGCUAGCUACGCGUUACAUGCUGAAUCUUACAAGCUGUGGAUCACUGUCGUCUGUCGGAGAGAAUAUCUCUUUCGCCAGUGUAGUCUGUCGUUUGACACAGUUGAUGCGCAACCUAAGGCUGCUGCGCUGGUUGAGCUGUGUUCGAAUGCCUCCUGUGUCAGAUUCCAAGCAAUUCGCGACAACUUGUGAGCAACUGGCCAUCCUCGGUUUUGGGCAGACUACUGGGAUCGCCAAAUUUCUCCCAGGGCCAUUCAACUACCUUACUUCACAAAUGGCUCAUAUCGCUGGUCUGACACUCCUCGAACAGUUGUGCAUAGAGUUUCCUGACCUUCUGCUUACUACUUACGGUGGCGAUGAACGGACCACAAACAUGCCAUGGAUGUUCCAGUUUGUCACUUCAGCGGGUCGCCUUUAUGCAUCGCUAAACCCUUCCACGCGAUCUGGAAAAGGCAUGUUACGUGUGUUACGCCAUCUGUUAUCUGGCGGUCAUGCUGCCGAAUUGCUAACUCUCGGAGGCUUUUUGUGCGUAUCUACUCCGAUGGGCUCGUUGGGCGGACAGCAACAGCAUUCAUCCCAAGAUCUUAUUGAGCUUCCAUCAGGUAGCUGCUUCGGAGACUUCAGCGCCCUCUACUUGUGCAUGGGACUGUCACAUUUUUGGAUGAGCCAACCGAAGGUGGCCGAAGAAUACUUCAUCAAAGCCUCUAUUUGGCUCAAAGAUUAUAUUAGGUCGUCUCUGAAUCUUGAGACAGAGGAGACCGAUUUCCCCUUCGCUACAUCCCAACAUCCCUCUUUGUCGGAUCUAUUUUUGGGCUUUGUGUUUCCUGGCGAAUUUAACAAUUCAUCACUAUUUGGCCUCAGAGACCUAAAGGAUGCCUCCACUGACCUGAUUUGCCCUGAAGAAAUUCAAGUCCGCUUCUUAAUGAAAAUCAUGCCAGUGUUGGAGGCAGCAGGUUGCAUCGAACAGGUACUCCAUCUAAGUGAAUUGUCCCUAAACGUUUUGGCGAGCGUUCAUAAACUCUCCGAAGCAAACGAGUGUGAUUCCGGUGCCAAGAACAACACAGAGGCGCACCGAUUGGCAGCCAUUUUCGACAACAAUUUCGCUCCUCCAGAAGGGCCCGGUGAAGGAUUUUUGUGUAACCCUGAGUCUAUUGAUAUGUUCGACGGAACAAAUCCACGCUCACAGUUGUAUACUCGCUUGGCCGACUUGGAAGCAGCUUUGUGGACUAGAAUGUUCAAGCAUCGCUUAGCAGCAGGAGACUACGCUUUGGCACACCAGCUGAUUCGCAGCAACCCGGAUAGAGCACGACGGCGUGACUGUUUACGGCAGUUGAUAGUUACGCUAUGUGACCGCGGCGAAGCUUCUCAGCUGAUUUCUUUACAUUACGGGGCGUCCGAAGAUGAAUUUCUACUCAUAUUGGAGGCGCGCGCUCGAUCAACUGAUGUUCUUCCUGCCUCCAUAUCAUCUUCAGCUGAAGACACUAACUUCAAUGUAAACCCGUACUACGACAUGCUGUACGCGUUUCACAUCGAGCGUGCUAAUUAUCGUGCUGCAGCUAUGAUCCUUUACGAGCACGCGCAUCGCUUGGCGGAAGAAACAGCCUCAUCCGUAUUUUCUGUUUCUUCCACUGGUUUUCGAGCCAGUGGGGCACGCCUUCUUUUUGGAUUGCAGCGCCAGACUGCUUGUUUAGUGUCGGCCAUCAAUGCGUUGUACCUCGUACCCGAAGAACAUCGCUGGCUUAUUCGGCCGUGGUCCAGCGUCUUGGAUGGCGUGUGUCCAGCGGUCACAGAGCUUUCAGACGCUAUGGAUGAAGGCGAAGAACAGGAGGCUUACGUGGAUACCCCAUUAGAAAUUCUUGUAGAGGAUAAUUGGGUUUUUGAGGAACCAGGGGAACAGGCCUUUAAAUUAGAAGACGGGGCAGACGAAACUGAUGGCUUCAUUGUUAAGCAGGCUCCUCCUGCUUCCCACGACUCUCGUUUGGCUCGAGUUGCACAGGAUAAGCACAUUCUGCAACUUCCCGAUCUCAUCAGAUUGUACACGCUGGCUCGUGCCCGUCUUCGCCUAGCGCAGGCAUGUUGGGAACAGGGUAUGCUUCGAGCCGGCCCUGCAUCCCCCGAAGAGAUUGUGCAGAGCUUAUUAACAUUGGCCUUGUACGACGAAGCUGUUAGAGUUACAGAAUUGUUUGACCUAAAUCGGGUGCCGAUCGUAAACGCUGUGGCUGCCCGGUGUGCCGAAUUGGCCCAGUACACGGCUGUCAGUCCUGCCUCAACUACACUCAAAGGCGUUCAUUCCAACUUCGGGUUUAGUACAGACAGUUGUAUACCCGCUCUUCCUGGUUUGUCUAACGUAUCUUCCUACUUGGCCUACGAAGGAGAGCUGGUCAUACAGUCUAUCAACAAUCUCACUGGAUCCAUCGGCCUUGUUCAACCUUCGACAUUAUCUCGCCAAGAAGGGAGUGCAGCAACUGGACUGCGAAAUCUUGCUCUUGGAGAUUUAUACUGGCGUCUAUUGGAGGUGAUUCUCUCCUGCCUUGACCCUUCGACUACGGUUUCAGCGAAGAAGUCAACCUCAGAACAGGCGCAUACUUUUUAUGGUGGUCACUUGCUGUUACUCGCCUGCCAGCACUUGCUCAGCUCUGGUCCAACUCAGCUUCACUUACCUGAGUGGCUCGUCUCACGACUGCUCUCGGGUACCACACGGACCAGUCGACCAAUAGGCUUGCUUCGCCUCUAUCUCCAAUACGAUCGGAUUGAGGCCUCUUAUCAUUUGAUCAUGGAUAUACUGGACGCUGCCAGAGGUUCAGGAUCAGAUCCUUCUGCCUUCGGAUUGCAGGCAUCGUUGGGCGAUCCGAAACACAAUACUACCUCUUAUUGUUCUUUGUUGAACAAGUCAGGUACCCAGCCACUCUUGAUACCGCAUGUGUUGAUCGUCUGUCUGUUGCAAGCGCUCCAGUCAUUGUCCACGGAGUUUCCAGCUUUCCAGACGAUGCACAACAAUUUGUCACAAAAUAUGACGAAGUACUUUGAGUGCCUCAACGCUUCUUGUCUGAAAUUGGCCACCUAAUGACUGUAUAUUUUUGUAUAUUUCUAUGUUUAAACUGUGCUGUUACUGUAGCAAAUAUAUAUAUGAGAUUUGCU